AUGAACCUUCAGCGUCGAGAUCUCAUUAUAGCCGGCAUCGGUGGAUUUAUUGCCUGGGGCCUGGUGGUGCACUGGUUACCGAUUCUCCGUUAUCUUGGAUAUGCACUAGGUCUGGGGGUAGCAUUGACUUGCGCCGGCUUUCUCUCGAUACUUAUACUCACGACCCGAAAUCGCAUCGAAUUCCCCAAUAACUCGAAAAGUGUGUCGGUCGCCUUCAUUAGGCCAAACAACUGGCGAAAGGAGCUAUUGAAUGCGCGCAAGGCCACACAAUACCGACCACGACCCCUCUAUCCUCAGUCCUCCGUUGUAUCCCAAGGAAUCGAUCAACUCUUGUCUUUGAUCACUCGGGAUUUUGUUUCGUCAUGGUACCACAAUAUUAGUUCGACUGCCACAUUCGCAAAUGAAAUCGAUCAAGUGAUUCGCGUUGCGCUGGAGAAUUUUCGAGACAGACUACUGGCAGAAGAUCUCAUCUCAUUGGUUGUAUCUAGGAUAUUUCCCAUUUUAACCUCCCACCUCAAAGAAUUUGAUGUUGCCGAGCGUUCAGUCCGCGGGCGUAAUCUCAACCGCAACGUGACCGACUCCGAGGAGCUAGACUUGGCGAUUGCGAACAAGUACCGCGAGGGCCGCCUUCAUCCAGCAGUUGGUCUGGCCUCGGUUGACCAAAAAACUCUUCAGCAAGAUUACUUGCGCAAGAUUGCGACCACAUUGCUUCCACAACUUUUCCCAGAGAGUGUGCUGAAAAGCAGAAUCGUCUCUGUUCUAACCCGCGAAAUUAUAUCAUGUGCUGUUCUACUCCCAAUAGCGACGGCAUUGUCUGAUCCUGAUAUAUGGAACCAGUUAGUGGAAGCAUAUGGACGCACGGCUUUGCAAGACCGAAAGACGGUUCGUAAAUUACGGGCUGCAUUAGAUGAACAUGCAUCGCCUACUCCCAAAUCUAAGCACGGGCAGUCGUUCCCAAAGCUUUCGGCCCAGGAUUCAGAACGAGCCUUUGAGCGCUUUGUCCGAGCUAUCAGACGUUGUAACAAUAUUUCCGAUGCUCGUCGGUUUCGGGCGCUUGUUUCCAGCCAGUUGAAAAGAGAAAGCAUGGUUGAAGGACAAGACCAAGUCUACCUCAGACGCCUAGAGACAGGCAAAAGAGUCCUGGAUCAAAAGGUCGCCAAGCUUUCUACGCCGGGCGAAACUUCACAUAUGCCACCUGUGGGAGCUAAGCAUAAACGCCACGGUAGCUCUUCUGCAGCACAUGAGUCUUCUCUGGUAGAUGUGCUCCACAAUGCUGCCGGCUUAUCGUAUUUCAUGGAGUUCAUGGAUCGUCAAAACCUAAUGCCUCUUGUUCAAUUCUGGAUUGUGGUUGAUGGUUUUCGGAAUCCCCUAGAAGAUGAUUUCGGGGACGAAACUGCGCCCACCGCAGUGACCUGGACGACCGCCGAUAGAAAUGAUCUGGCGCUUCUCAGUGAGACAUACCUUACAAAAUCCGAGCUCAAGGUCUCCGACGACUCCCGUCGGGCAGUCAAAACAUUCUUGAGUGCAGGAAAACGUGCAACUCCCGAGCAGUACCGUAAAGCUCGGAUGGUGGUCUUGGCUACGCAGUCGGCAGUACUGGAGCGUAUGCAAGCCGUUUAUUAUCCUAAAUUCAAAGAAUCGGACAUUUAUUGGAAAUACAUUGCGUCUGAUGAAGCGUCGAGCUCUCAAGCGCCAGUGCGCGAUCCAUCUCCACCAGCGGUCCCGGUUGAGCCUCGGGAGCGACGUCCGCUCCCUCCUAUUAUCGUGCGAACAAACUCACAACAGGCUAACAGGCCGUCCAGGGAUCUUCGCAGAGCAGCUGUUUCAUCAAGCGAUGUUCGCGGAAUGGGCAAAUUGUUUGAUGACGAUGACUCGCCACGACGAUCUAUAGACUCCGAACGAUCUGCGCCUCUAUUUGACGAUGACUGCGACACCGAUCAACUUGCGAUGUCCACCCAAAGUCUGGGGAAGGACUCGCAAAAUGGCGACAACGAUGCAAAUCAAAGUCAUGUUCUUGAAACUAUGGAAGCUGCUCUUAAUGACAUAAUUAUCAAUGAACCAAAAAACAACCACGUAGAGGAUUUGAAGGGCAGUGAUCCUCCUUCCUCUUCUCUGCUUGAGAUAGACCACGUGGAAAGUUCUCCUCGUGGCUCAUCUGAGACCCCACGAAUUGACGGGCGUCCGAAUGACAAAGCAAAGAAAAGCAUUGCUUCACUAGGACUAGUGGAUCAUUCAUCUCGCCAUGGAGUCUUCGACGAUGAUCUGUUUCCAGACCAGCAGAAAUUCAUCGAAGAUGAGUAUGAAGAGCCAGUGGGCGACGAUGAAAAAGAUCCAGCUGAUGAAGUCCAUGAAGCUGCCCCAGGUGACCUUGGUCUCACUGAAGCUAUCGAGGUACUUUCUACCGAAAUCGACAAAUUAUCAGCUCAAGAUUCGGUGGUUGAGGCCUUGACACGAAAAGCAGAACUGACAAACAAUAUGGCCGAGUUGAGGAUCUUACGCAAAUCCAAAGCCAGCAUUGAACGCGAAAUGCAUCGCAAAGAAAUGCAGCGGCAACAAUAUAUGAUCCAGGAAAGUGAUAACAGCCUUUACGGUCGGUCUACUGUGCGGAUCAAGUCCCUUAUGGUCGGCAAAGAGGAGGAUGGGCGGGAAUUUGCAAUGUAUGUCGUCGAGGUCCAGCGUAAUGCUGGUGAGCAGAUGCCCGCCGCUUCGUGGGCAGUUCCUCGUCGCUAUAGUGAAUUCCAUGAGCUCCAUCAGAAGCUGCGCAUGAGCUAUGCAUCCGUGCGACAUCUCGAAUUUCCCAGACGGCGUAUGGUAAUGAAGCUUCAAAAAGAGUUUCUUCAAAAGCGACGCCAGGCCCUCGAAGCAUACGUACAAAAAUUGCUCCUCAUGCCCGAAGUGUGCCGUAGCCGGGACUUGCGAGCCUUUUUGUCUCAGAGAGCCAUAUUGCCUCGACAAGAAGCCGAUGCACGCAACAACGAAGCCGACACAAAGGAUCUUGUCACCCGCAUCUAUAAUUCAGUCGCCGAUGGGAUGGACGAUUUUCUCGGCAACUUUGGCGUCCUAGAUCAGCUAUCUACAGCAGGUCAAAAUUUGAUAUCAGCCGCAACGAACCAGGCGACCAUCAACACCAAUAUCUCCCACGACCCUGCUCUCGCUACUGAAGAUGCCGUAACAACCGCCGAAGCGGAAGCCGAGCUGAAUGCAUUCGAAGAUCGUGAGCUCGAGCCUUUCAUCAAGCCCAUCUGCGACCUCUUCCUCGAGGCUUUUGAGUUGAAUCGCGGAAAUAACUGGUUACGCGGCCGUGCCGUUGUCGUCGUUCUCCAUCAGCUUCUCGGCGGAACCAUUGAACGCAAAGUCCGAGAUGGCGCUCGCUCUUUUCUCCAACAAGACUCACUGAUGCGAUAUAUAAAUCUAGGCAAAGAAAGUCUCUGGCCUGAUGGUGUUCUGCGCAAAUUUGUUCCUCGCACCGUAGCCGAACGGCACAAAAGCCGCACCGAAGCUACUGUUGUUUUAGCUACUCUAAUCCCGGAUUUGGCCGCUAAUGUCGUUGGUCGUUCCAAUGCUCAAGCAGCUGCACGUCGAAUCUUCGCUACUCUCAACAAUAAACCGCUUAAUACCCACUUGGCUUUCACGAUCCUUGACGAAAUCGUCUUGGUUUUAUUUGGCAGUCGGGAAUCCAUUCGCGCCCGCUGA